AUGUCUGUCGCAACAAAGGACAUUCUCGCCCGCGCUCAACGGAUGGUCCCGCCGAUGCUGGAGCGGUUCCAUAAGGGCCAGCUGGGACGGGUGGCGGUUAUUGGAGGCAGCGAGGACUAUACCGGCGCACCGUACUUUUCCGCCAUGGCGAGUGCGAGGCUGGGAUGUGAUAUGUCCCAUGUCAUCUGCACACCCGCCGCCGCCGCCGUUAUCAAGUCCUACUCACCGAACCUCAUGGUCCAUCCUCUGAUGCGCCAGACGUCUUCCCCGAGCCAGUUUGCCUCCGCCCCGAUCCCGACGCACUCGACGCUCUCGAAAGAUCCCGAGAGCGACCCCGAGCACAUCUCCGGCAAGGUCAUCGACAUGCUUCCGCGUCUCCACGUCCUCGUCGUCGGCCCAGGCCUCGGCCGCGAUCCCCUCAUGCAAGCCACGGUGGCACGGGUCAUCCGCGCCGCCCGCGACCGUAACAUACCCAUGGUCCUCGACGCCGACGCUUUGCUGGUCGUGCAGAAGGACCCUGGGUUGGUGAUGGGCUACACAGGUGCGGUGUUGACGCCGAACAUCGUCGAGUUCGGCCGGCUGUGCGAGGCGCUGCGAUUGGAGGUCCAGGAGGACGCUGGAGAGACAGCCAAGGUCGAAGCGCUGUCCAAGGCGCUGCAGGGCGUGACGAUUAUACAGAAGGGCGGCAAAGAUUACAUCUCCAACGGCGAGAUAACUCUGACGGUGGAUCUUAUGGGUGGCAAGAAGAGGAGCGGCGGACAAGGGGAUACGCUGACCGGCGCCGUGGCUACUUUCCUGGGAUGGAGGAAAGCCUACUUAGACCGUCUGUGGGAUGUGGGUGAGAAUCCCCUUGGCGAGCAUGAGACGAUUGGACUCGCAGCAUUCGCUGGAAGUGCCAUUACAAAGGAGUGUUCCCGCUUGGCCUUUGCGAAGAAGGGGCGGAGUCUCCAAGCCAGCGAUUUGACGGAUGAGGUACACACGGCGUUUAUGAACUUGUUUGGCGAGGUUGACGAGGAUGCUGCUGCUUCUAGGCUGUAG